AUGUCGAAAUGUACAAAAAUUGAAAUCGAAGUGGGUUUUUUUUCAGAAAUUUUUUUUUUCAGAAAAAAAAAUCUGAAAUUUUUAAAUUUUCCAGAAAAAUCCAGAUCCUUCCAAAUCGGAUUCUUCCAACAACGAAAAAGAUCAAGAUCAAGAGAUCGCUGUGGAAAAACCGAAAAGAAUCGAGGUGAAAAUCGCGUUGAGACCCGAGGUACUGUAGGUUUUUGGCGCGCGCGCGAAAUUCAAAAAAUUCAAAAAAUUCAAAAUUUUUUGCAGACCGCCGUGCUGAUUUUGUCGAUUCUGGUGAUUCUAUUGAAUAUUGUUCAGUGUUGUGUGGGUGGUUUUGGUAUACCGUGCAUUUUUAAAAUUCUGUUGGGUGUCUAUGGUGUUUUGGUGUUUUGUUGUUGGCGAACGAGAUUUGGCAGUGCUGCGGCCGCGAUUUUUUGGGUAAGAUCUUGCGAUCAUUUUGAGACCGAAUAAGCCUAGGCUCCGCCCACUUUUUGCAAUUUUAGGGCACAGUUUUCUGAGGUGAUCAUUUUGAGACCAAACAAGCCUAGACUUAGGCUAUCUUUGCCACGUGGAUUUUUUUUUGUCAAAAUUUUUGGCGGGAAUUUUCCAAAUUCAAAUUAUUUUUGAAAUUCAAUAUUUUUAGCGGGAAUUGUCAAAAUUCAAAUUAUUUUUGAAACUCAAAAUUUUCAGCUGGAAUUUUCAAAAUUUCAAAUUUUAAGCGGGAAAAUGUGAAUUUUUAAAUUCAAAAUUUUUCGGCGGGAACAAAAAAAUUUUGAAUUUCAAAAAAAAUUUCAAGUUCAAAAUUUUUGGCGGGAAUUUUCAAAAUUCAAAAAUUUUCGGUGGGAAUUUUUCAAAUUCAAAUUAUUUCUGAAAUUCAAAAAUUUUCGGCGGGAAUUUUCAAAAUUCAAAUUAUUUUUGAAAUUCAAAAAAAAAUUUUUAAAUUCAAAAAUUUUAGCGGGAAUUCUGAAAAUUCAAAUUAUUUUUGAAACUUCAAAAAUUUUCGACGGGAAUUUUCAAAAUUCAAAAAAAUUUUGAAAAUUCAAAUUAUUUUUGAAAUUCAAAAUUUUUAGCGGGAAGUUUCAAAAUUCAAAUUAUUUUUGAAAUUCAAAAUUUUUAGCGGGAAUAUUCGAAUUUUCAAAUUUCUAAUUUUAAGCGGGAAAAUGUGAAUUUUCAAAUUCAAAUUAUUUUUGAAAAUUCAAAUUAUUUUUAAAAUUCAAAAAAAAUUUUGAAAUUCGAAAAUUUUAGCGGGAAUUUUCAAAAUUCAAAUUAUUUUUGAAUUUCAAAAUUUUUAGCGGGAAUUUUCAAAAUUCAAAUUUUUUUGAAAUUCAAAUUAUUUUUGAAACUCAAAAUUUUUGGCGGGAAUUUUCAAAAUUCAAAUUAUUUUUGAAACUCAAAUUAUUUUGAAAUUCAAAAAUUUUACCGGGAAAAUGUGAAUUUUCAAAUUAAAAAUGCUGUGGAUAAAAUAAGCCCCGCCCCUUUUUCUGCAACCCUGGCACACUUUGUCAACUUCCAGACAAUCCUGGUAAUCGUGGAUCUAAUUCAAAUCGUCACUCUCUCCAUCGGUCUUCUCAUCAUUUUUCCAAUUUGCAUCUCAAUCUGUCUUCAACUCGCCUUAAUCUAUUGCUUUAUUCGCCUCUAUUUUCAUUAG